AUGUCUGGCCCACAGCGGAUCAGCCUCGACGACUUCCAUCUCCUCAGCGUCAUCGGCAAGGGCAGCUACGGCAAGGUCAUGCUUGCCCGCUACAAGGACACCGGCAAGGUCAUGGCCAUCAAGGUCAUCUCCAAAAUCCGCCGCGUGAUGGCAGAGCGCCGUGUCCUGGAGCGCACUGUGCAGCACCCGUUCCUGGUCGGUCUGCAGUGUGCGUUCCAGACAAAGGAGAAGCUGUACUUUUGCCUCGACUACGUCAACGGUGGCGAGCUGUUCUUCCACCUGCAGCGCGAGCGGCGCUUUGCAGAGAACCGUGCCCGAUUCUAUGCUGCCGAGAUCACCUCGGCGCUGGCGUACCUCCACGGCAUGGAUGUCGUGUACCGCGAUCUGAAGCCCGAGAACUGCCUGCUGGAUGCGCGCGGGCAUGUGCGUAUCGUCGACUUUGGGCUGGCCAAGGAGGUCGGUCCGAUCGUCUGGCGCACGGAGGGGUCUGCGCUGUACUCGGUGGAGGAGGGUGGCAAGACAGCCACGUUCUGCGGCACGCCAGAGUACCUGGCACCCGAGGUUCUGCUGAGACAGAGCUACGGCAAGGAGGUCGACUGGUACUGCCUCGGCGCUGUUCUCUACGAAAUGCUAACUGGUUUGCCGCCAUACUACGACCAGGACAAUAACGUCAUGUACCAGCGGAUCCUGCAGGAUCCCCUGCGAUUCCCAGCGACACUGCCGCCGCCGCUACCUGGAAACGGCACUGCUUUCCCAGGAACAAACAUGAUGGCAGCUAACCACAUUGGGCGGCUCGCGCAGGACUUUGUGUACCGGCUGAUGGAGCGUGAUCCGAAGAAGCGCCUGGGAGCCGGCGUGUUUGGCACUGAGAACGUCAAGCGCCAUGCAUUCUUCUAUGGCAUCGACUGGGGCAAGAUCUACCGCCAAGAGUACGCGCCGCCAUUCGUGCCCCAGAUGGAGCUGGCCGAGACGCUAAUCGUGGUUUUGACACGUUUGCCCAUGAGGACCAGCGGGAUAGUGACACCAUGGACUAGGACGGAGCCAAAGACGAUCAUACAGACGACCGGGUAG